AUGGCCGCCGCUGCCGUCGACCAGCUCGCCAGCCUCGUCGAGGGCUUCGACCUGCACGAGGCCGAGAGCAAGUACCCCAACUGCCACCCGGACACCAACCCCUUCGACCUCUACCGCGCCCACCUCACCAAUGUCCUCACAAAAGUCACUGGCGUCGACGCCAGCCUCGUCUACCCGGCGCUGCAGUGGACCACGGGUCUCGACAAGGGCGACCUGAUCCUGGCCACGCCCGCGCUCCGCGUCAAGGGCAAGAAGCCCGACGCGCUGGCCGCCGAGUGGGUGGCGGCCUUCCCGCCCAACGACCCGCUCGUCGAGGCGCCGACGGUCAAUGGCUACUUUGUGCAGUUCUUCUUCAAGCCGGCGCCGCUGCUGCGGUACACGCUGCCGCUGAUCCGCGCGCAGGGCAAAGAGUUUGGCAACAACCGGACGCUGGGCCUCCAGGACCCCGCGGACCCGAGCAAGGGCCAGAAGCGCAUCGUCAUCGAGUUCUCGAGCCCCAACAUUGCGAAGCCCUUCCACGCGGGCCACCUGCGGAGCACCAUCAUCGGCGGCUUCCUGGCCAACCUGUACGCCAACGCCGGCUGGGACGUCGUGCGCAUCAACUACCUGGGCGACUGGGGCAAGCAGUACGGCCUGCUGGCGCUGUCGUUUGACCGGUACGGCGACGAGGCGGCCCUCGAGCGCGACCCCAUCAACCACCUGUACGAGCUGUACGUCGCCAUCAACAAGGAGCUCGCGGCCGAGAAGGAGCAGAUCGAGGCGCUGAAGAAGGCGGGCCAGACGGCGGAGGCGCAGCAGCUGGCCGACGCGGGCCUCGACGAGCAGGCCCGCCAGUACUUCCGCAAGAUGACCGACGGCGACGACAAGGCCGUGGCCCAGUGGCGCCGGUUCCGCGACAUGUCCAUUGUGCGCUACAAGGACACAUACGCCCGCCUCAACAUUGUCUUUGACAGCUACAGCGGCGAGUCCCAGGUGCCCGAGGCCGCCAUGGCCGCGUCGGCGCAGCGCAUGGCCGACCUGCACAUCACCGAGGAGUCCGACGGCGCCCUCAUUGUCGACUUUGCCAAGCACGUCCCCGGCAAGGAGGGCAAGCGCCUGGAGCGUCCGCUCGUGCGCAAGCGCGACGGCACCGCGCUGUACCUGACGCGCGACAUCAGCGAGCUGCUCGGCCGCGCGGAGCGCUACCGCUUUGACAAGAUGAUCUACGUCGUCGCCUCCGCGCAGGACCUGCACCUCAAGCAGCUCUUCAAGAUUGUCGAGCUCAUGGGCGACAAGGCCCUCGCCGACAAGUGCCAGCACGUCAACUUUGGCCUCGUGCUCGGCAUGAGCACCCGCAAGGGCACCGUCAAGUUUCUCGACGACAUCUUGCGCGACGUCGCUGACAAGAUGCACGAGGUCAUGCGCGCCAACGACGCCAAGUACCAGCAGGUCGAGGACCCCGCGGCCACCGCUGACAUCCUCGGCAUCUCCGCCGUCAUGGUCCAGGACAUGACCGGCAAGCGCAUCAACAACUACACCUUUGACAUGGACAAGAUGACCUCGUUCGAGGGCGACACCGGCCCCUACCUGCAGUACGCCCACGCCCGCGUCUGCUCCAUUGAGCGCCGCGCCAACCUGUCCGACGCCGACCUCGCCUCCGCCGACACGUCGCUGCUCGCCGAGCCCCACGCCGUCAACAUUGUGCGGCUGCUGGCGCAGUGGCCCGACGUCGUCCAGAACACGCUCAAGACGCUGGAGCCGACCACCGUGCUCACCUACCUCUUCAAGAUGACGCACGCCCUGAGCUCGUCGUACGACCACCUGCAGGUCGUGGGCAGCGAGCCCGAGCUGAUGAAGGCCCGCAUGGCCCUGUACGUGUCGGCGCGCAUCGUCCUCAACAACGGCAUGCGCCUCCUGGGCCUGAACCCCGUUGACCGGAUGUAA